ACAAUUCGGAUUACAGCCCAAAAACGCACCGUCCAACUCCCCAACGGCAACUAUAUUUCUCUCUUUCGCUCUGAUUUUAGGGUUAGGGUUUAUCUGUCCCUCUCUCUGCGCCCCCCAAAUCCAGAGUUUCGUCCACUUCUCUACGCCUUCCAGCGAUGGCGAACCGCACGGACCCGUCGGCGAAGAAUAUAAGGGGAACGAACCCCCAGAAUCUGGUGGAGAAGAUCGUACGGACGAAGAUAUACCAGAACACGUACUGGAAGGAGCAGUGCUUCGGGUUGACGGCCGAAACCCUAGUCGACAAAGCCAUGGAGCUCGACCACAUCGGCGGCACCUUCGGGGGCAACCGCAAGCCCACGCCUUUCAUGUGCCUCGUGAUGAAGAUGCUUCAGAUCCAGCCGGAGAAGGAGAUCGUUAUCGAGUUCAUCAAAAACGACGAUUACAAGUACGUUCGGAUACUUGGUGCAUUUUAUUUGCGGCUUACGGGAACUGAUACUGAUGCAUACCAGUACCUAGAGCCUUUGUACAAUGACUAUCGGAAGUUGAGGAGGAAACUGCCUGAUGGGAAUUUUACCUUGACGCAUGUGGAUGAGGUUAUUGAUGAACUUCUCACAAAAGAUUACUCAUGUGACAUUGCAAUGCCACGAAUUAAAAAAAGAUGGACUCUCGAAGCAACCGGUUCAUUGGAACUCAGGAAAAGUGCUUUGGAAGAGGACUUUGAGGAGGAGGAAGAGAAAGAAGAGAAUGAUCAAGUUGAUGUAAUGGAUGAAGAUGUCCAUGAUAGGGAUUAUUAUCGUGGUCGAAGCCCUGCCAGGGAAAGAGAUAGGGAUAGAAGAUGCGACAGUCACAGAUACAGGGACCGAGAUUAUGACAGAGAUUAUGAUAGGGAUAGAGAUUAUGACAGGGAACGUGGACGUGAAAGAGAGAGGGACAGAGACAGGGAUAGGGAUCGAGACCAUUAUCGGCUAAGAGACGAAAAGGAUUAUGGUCGUGAUAGGGAUAGGGAUAGGGAUAGGGAUAGGGAUAGGGACAGGCGAGGGAGGGAUCGUGGCAGGAGGAGGAGCCAUUCAAGGAGCAGAAGUCGUAGUAGAGAUCGUGAUGGUGGGGAUAGAGAUCGCAGGAGACAUGCCCGCAGCAUUAGUCCCAGGAGACCUGAUCGUGAGGAACCGAAGAAGAAGAAAGAAAAGAAGAAGGAGAAGAAGGAUGAUGGCACAGACCAUCCGGAUCCAGAGAUUGCUGAAGCAAACAGACUCCGAGCAUCUCUUGGGUUGAAACCCCUGAAGUAGUGAUAAUCCUGGUGACUAGUUCAUGUCAAUGUGUCUGAACUGUCUUUUUACAAUGUAGACUUUCUGCUGUCAGUGCUUUCAGUAUCUGUUGUACAUCCAUUAAGUAGCACCAAAGUUCGUAUAGAGAGAUUGAUUAAACGAUUAAUACAUGUUUUGUUCGAGUUA